AUGGAGGCUGGUCAAGGAACUGCGUUUGCACCAUCAUUGGAAGGAAUGAAGCAUGUCAAAUCCGAAAACGGAGAAAUGCUCACUAAACCUUUCUUGGAUGUCUGCAAAUUGAUUUUGCCUGUCAUCGAUAAGUUUGGAGCUGCUAUGACCCUUGUAAAAUCUGAUGUCGGUGGCAACAUAACAAGAUUGGAAACCAAAUAUUUGUCUGAUCCAUCUAAAUACAACCACUUGUUCACUAUGGUUCAAGAGGAGGUUGAUGCUAAAACCGCUAAAGGAUCAUCUAGUUGUACCAAUGGUCUUCUUUGGCUAACCAGAGCAAUGGAUUUCAUGGUGGAACUAUUCCGGAAUUUACUUGUACAUCCAGAUUGGACAAUGUCACAAGCCUGCACAGAUUCCUAUGGCAAGACACUGAAAAAAUUUCAUGGCUGGCUUGCCAGUUCAAGUUUUACUAUUGCCAUGAAGCUUGCUCCAGAUAGGAAGAAGUUCAUGGAAGUAAUAGCUGGCUCAGGUGAUGUUGCUGCUGACAUGGAGCAAUUUUGUACAACCUUUCCUCCAUUUCUUGAAGAGAAUCACAAGUUCCUGGCUAGUGUUGAUGAAAAGGAACAAGAAAUGCAAAUUGGAUUUCCUACUGAUGUAAAGCAUGUUGCUCACAUUGGAUGGGAUGGUCCAUCUGCAAAUGCACCAAGCUGGAUGAAUGAGUUCACCUCUCCUCCAGAAAUUUUAAAUGGGCCGCCAAAUUCUACAGAAGAAAUGAAGAACGUAUUAACAGAUCCACCCUCAGAAGACACAGGUCGAACUGAAAAGCCGAAUCAUAGGUCAAGGCGCUCAUCAGGUAGUGCUAGCUCGCUUUUAAAUUCACCAGACCGAAGGAGCACCGACUCAUCAAAGCACUCCAGGCACCAAGCAUCUAGUAGUACUGGCUCACCCUCAAAUUCCCCCCGUGGCUCCGAUGCGCCGAAGAGUUCUAGGCGUCACCGCUCCUCAAACAAGUCCAUGGACUCCCCAAGGGGAGACUCAUCAGGGAGCAGCCGAACCUCAAGACGGCACAAGACCUCAAGUCUUGGUGCUGAAUCGCCUACUCACGACCAGCCCUCCAUCCCAAAACAUUCUCGUGGAAGAAAGUCCAAGGGAUCAUCAGGUAGUGGGUCAUCAAAAUCAAGAUCAAAAGAAAAUAACUCUUCAAAAGAAGAGCUUCCUUUCUCAAAUCCUGGAUCUGGAGGGUCUGAAUCUAUACAUGGAAGGAAGAACAUUGCAAGCCAACUAAGUUCUGUUUUGGAAGCGUAUGAAGAAGAGGGAUGA